AUGAGGACUCAGGGCUUGGUCAGCACGAGGCCUUCUCACAGCAGAGGUAAGGGUGUGUGUGUACCAGAGUCCCUUUGGAGAUGGGAUUGGGCCUGCCACAGCGCGCGAGGUGAUGAAAGAGGUAGCGAAACGCCUAGCGAUUCAAGGCAGUGGGUAUCAAGACGAGCAUCCGUGGCUGAGCAAACGCUUGCUAUGGAGUGGCGGAAGCAGAAUCCUUCGACGAAUGUGUACGGGCGAAGCAGACCAUUGAAGCCGCGGCUUCAGCUGUUACGGCUUGAAGGAACCUCGCGGUCCAGCCCAGUCUGCGCUGUCAGUAAGAGCUCGGUAUCGAAAUUGGCUGACCAGCGUAGAGACUCUCGUGACCUUGCCCGGGGAAUUGACGGAAGCAAAGCGGGAAAUAGUCACAUCCUCUGCAUACCAUUGACGACUGAGCUGUCGUGCUGGAUGAUUGACAGUCAGUGGACCCUAAAGGCUCAAAUUGGCUAUGGGAGGGCGUACUUUCAUGCUCAACUACUUCGUUUGAUCGAGGUGGUAGGCGUGUACCAUGAGGCUUGGUCUCUGGGGAAAGUCCUUGCAUUUCCUCCGAACCGCCGAGGUCAAGCAGUUGCAACUCGGCCAUCCUAUCUGUCGUAUUCUCUCGUACAUGAACAGUGCAUUGGCAUUCCUGGGGAUGGGUUUAGCAUCACCCAAGAUGCUCUCGACAGAGAUGAAAUUUCCUGCGUAGAGCACAUUGAGAGCGAGCACUUCGGAGGAUUAGAUCAUGGAUAUGUGCCAAUUUCGCGAGACAGCUACAGCAACGCGGGUCACGGAUUCGGACAGAUGGGUAUAGAGCAUAUGAUGUCUAGUAUUGAAAACCCAAUCGGAACAGAAAGCUCGCUUGUGGAGAGUCACUACGGCCAGGUUAGGGUAUACGGAGAUGGAGGACUCUCCAUGAUUUUGGCGAUGCCCAAUGGUGCCGAGCGCACGUCUGGCGGCUUGAAGCUUCAGGUCAGUAUUCUAGCGGCCUGGUCUGCUUGGCUGCGGCGACAAAUCUCCGAAGAGGAACGCUUGUGCCUGUCCCUGUUGGCCUGUUCUGAGCGUAUCGAGCUCCUGCCGGCCUUGUUCCCAUUCCAACUUCUUCUCUGCCACGCGCAGAUCAGCACGAAGGGGGAGUCCACGACUGCCAGCUCCGUGUUUUCCAUUCGCACGAACAAGUCAAUCACUUCCUUCCCAUCCUCGAACCCCAACUCUCGCCCGUUGGCAGUUCUCGCACCGAGCGGCCUCAAUUCUUUCGUUGCCAAGGUGUGGAGCGAGGAGUGGUGCCUCCAGAUGCGGCGCGGGAUUUUGGGAUGCAGGUUGCUCUGGAGUGUGUUUCUUGUGCUGCGCCGUGAUCUCGUGUUCUCCGAGCGCUUUGAGGAGGUUCGCCGUGGUCUGGUUGCCGCCGUGGUCGAGGCCUGCGACGCUGUGGUGGAAGUGGUGUAUCGUUGGUGGUUCUCCGCUCCGCUCCGCGAUGCUGGAAGCAAAAGGCUCGGCACGCUGCCGUCUUUGUCACGACUUUGUCAUCAGCUGCGACUUACCCAUUCUCAGCCUGCACGGCGUCACGUGUAUGUUCUGGCACAUCGUGAAGACUCGCUGGCAGAUGUCCUCGUUCAAACGGAAGCAUCUGCCUCUGCACCCUUCAUUGAAACAUGGAGCAAGGCAUCGAGAAAUUCCCUGGCAAUGUUCGGACCCAUUUCGUAUUUGGCAAAGGCACAUCUGAGGUUCGAGGCCAACUCAAACCUGGGAACUGGAUGCCUGCUGCUGACCAGCGUUGAUGUCGUUUUCUUCCAGGUAUCUCUCCAUGGCAAAUACCAGAACAGCAUGCUGUUGCUCACGGCUGCAAUCCCUCUCAAUGCCAUCACCGUCUCGUUCCUAGGCCGUUCCCUGGGCUGGCCGCGCGAAUUCCCAAUUGCCCUGCUUCCUGCGCUGCGAACUUGCCCUGGCGGGGAUGGAUGCGAUCCUCACCUCAACUUGCAAGUCGCGAAGAUUGGGAUGCGGCUCAAUGGGGCAUCGCAUUCCCGGAAGUGGUCAUUGCAGAUCGGGACCUGCGAUGAUUGCUCCGCUCCAGCCCUACUCAUCCCCAUCAAGGCAGCGCGUCUGGUUGUCGUGGAGCAACUAUCGAAGUAUUGGAGCACGUCCUUUAUCGAUGCCUCAGGAUUGCGACUACUGGUAAUGACGAGGUUAUUGGUUCCACGGUUUGGUAUGCAAGAUGUAUCUGCCAUGGUCCCGAUCAAGGCAUCGCCGCUAUCCCAGGAUAGUCGAGGUGUGAUGGUCUGGUCGCGCAACACCGGGAGAGGUGCUGGUACGCCAAUCAAAGCAUUCAUAGACCGAAAGCCAAAUCAUUCACAAAGCCAACUUGAAGCAUUCAGUGCACAUCGUAAGCCCAAAGCAUUCGCAAAUUACAUCUCAUUCAAUGAAUGGAUUUCACGUCGGAAGUUUCAGCGACCCAAGUGCAGAGGAUGGAGCACGAAGCUUCAGUCUCUGAGUGAGUCCCUGUGCACUUUCACACUGUGUUGGCCUUUACACACCCGCUGUUGGAUAUGGAAUGCCUUCUUCCAGGGAGGCUUGCUGUGCACGAUGCUCGAUUCGCGGUUGAAGAAGUGGGUAAAUGGAUCCCGCCCGAACCACGUAGGCUUGAAAUGGAGUGCGGGCUCUGCAUAUAAUCGUAAGAGUCGUGAGGCGGUAAUUCGAUGCCAGGUAAGUCUAGAUGAAUUGUAUCAAUGGCACGAAGGGCUGUUCUUCUCUUCUUACUUCAUGGAAAAGAGCCCCGAGCUGUCGCCUCGUCAUCAAUAUGCUGACAUCGCGUACCAACGAGAUAGGCUGCGACGUCACAUGCCUACCAGGAAGCUGAUCGGAGGUGAUUGCAGUCACACCGAUCCUCCGAUCUCCUCCGUGAUCCAACUCUCCCAAUACUGCGCUUACGAGCGGCUAGCGCUCCUCUUGCAGCACGGCGUUGUAUCUUCUACGACAGCCGACUGCGCUCCGUUAUGCGAGGAUUCGCGUGAGCCAGAUCGAAGAGAUCAUUAUGCUGUUCUGGACGUAGAUCUGCAUAGAAUCCACAGGCAGUUCUUUGUGCAAGCUUGCUAUCAACCAGAGCCGUGGUGUCGUGGCGGCUUGUUUCAAGACCUCGUCGUCACUCGGGUGUGGGUACUAGUCAAGUUUCUAUUCAAUCGCGGUCAGCAGGUCUCUCGGAGUAACCAGAAUCGUGCCAACAAGCUUCCCAAGCACCCAAGGAUGAUAAGCUCUCGACAUCGCCGCCAGCCAUCCUUCCGCUCUAUCCGCGAUGAUGUUCGUAUUUACAGAUGCUUCUUCCCAAGACCCGAUACGUAUGGUCUUCAACCUGCUACGUCCGGCUCAGAUGGUCGUAAUUGGGAUCUUUUCGGGGUUUGCGGUGGAAGGCAAGGACAAGGGCGCUCAAGUAAUCUGGACUGCCAGCCGCAUAACCAAAGUCCGUUGCUCCAAAGCUUCGCACAGGCUUGCGAGGGCUUCCAAUGGGUAUGGUUCGGGGGUAUCGUGAAUGCGAGCCCGGCGCCGGAAAGACGGGAAAACAGUUUUGUGAUAGGCUUCCUCGAUCUAGACAGACUUGUCCACGACUGUUGUGGCCGGAUCUUCGCUAGGCAAAUCGACGUGGGCAGAAAUGACUCUGCCAAGUCCCAAUUGGGAUGGGAAACGUUCCUCGCAAUCUGGUCUCUUUCAAACACAAUGAGGCCUCUGUCUGCGAGCGCCCAGAAACGCUGGAGGAGGGAGCGUUUCAUUCAUUAUGAGUGCGGUGACUGGUCGCAGAGCUGCAAGCAAGUUGCAUCUGGAUUGGACGACAUGACACGGGAGACUGAACUUCACGUUGUAGACAGAAUGCGGCAGCUGUAUCGAAAUCGUACUGGAUCUCAUGCGCAGUUGAAAGUUUAUGCUGCGAUCGUCCUCUGGUCCGCAUCAGCAUACUUUGGAUGUCAUGAAUCUUACCAGAAGUUGAAGUCGCCUGAGGCAAUCACCAUACAAGCAUGCAAGGCUUUGACCAUUCACCGAAUCAUGCCGCUCUCAGACUCUUGCGUCGCAACUUGCACUCCACUCUGCAGGUACAGCUUCGCCGAGCUUCAAAAGACCAAGAAUGCCAACGACCAGAAGUUUCGGCAACACCGCCGGCGCCCAGGAGGUCACCACGAAUGCUUUUGCUCGGCUGCUGCUUUUGCUCAUCUGCUGGCGCUGCUCAUCUGCCCAUCUCCCUGUGCUGCCCAUUUGCUCAUCGGCUGGCGCUGCACAUCUGCCCAUCUCCUUGUGCUGCCCAUUUGCUCAUCGGCUGGCGCUGCCCAUCUCCUUAUGCUGCCCAUCUUCCCAUCGGCUGGCGCUGCCCAUCUGUGUGUGCUGCUCAUCGGGUUGUGCUUCUCGUCGCAUGUGCGGUCUACGCCUCGUAUCCGUCUCCAAAUCCAGCCUUUUGUCCUCUUGUCAUCAAUCCAUCUCGAGACGCUGAUUGUGCCCCACCGUACACUACUAUCAUACCAUGACGGCACUGCGAGUCUGAGGCCAGGCGCUCGGAAUCAUGCAAUCUGGCUGGACCUUGCUACGCAAGCCAUGAAACUCGUGUCGGAGCUUGGGCUGCGCCAAUGCAUCGUCAAAGGCGUGGUACGGAAGGGUAGACAUCGUGGGGGUGCAGAAUAUCUCAAGAUGUUUCCGGAUGUAUGGUAUGGCGAAGAGACCAUCUUGCGCCAGGCUGUUUUCCCAAUUGCGACCUCAUGGCGGUCGAUGGAGCGAGCUCAAAGCAUCGGGCUCAUGGAAAGCACCGUGUCGUGUCGGUGCAACAAAGUCUGGCGAAAGUGCAGCAAAGUUCCAAGUUGUGCUUGGCAUAAUAGGCUUUUCCCCUGGCCUCCGUACAUCUUCUCCGCUCCGCUCCAACAGCUGCACCACGACAACAUGACCAUCAAUCCGCAGCUCUUCACGGUCACGAGUCGAGGAGACGCCACCACCACCCAACCGAAGAAGCGAUCGCGAGUCCUCCACUGCAGCCAUUGGCAUGACCGCAGCAACAGCAGCAACGACCAAGAAAGGAGAGGGGGUACUGCGGAGCCGGCACGGCAAUGGCUUCGUCAGGAAUACCAUGACUACGCUGGACACCUCUCACUGCCAGCCGGGCUGGACAUCGAGAGGAUACGAUGUAGUCAGCCCGACGUCGCAAAUGGACUGGACAAGAUUUCGGAGACUAUGCCAAAUCGGUCUGGACGAGAGUAUCGGAGAGUGGACCGGUACCUUCACGGACUCACACCUAUAGCGCCCUUUCGUGAGGCUGCGCCAGACCUUUCAAGAAGCACUUCUAAGAGCUUGAGUUCAAAGGCCAAAGCUACUGCUGGAGAUGUCGAUUCUGGGAAUGGCUGUGAAGGCUUUGGACAUCAUUUCCGAAGCUGCGCACGACACUUUCCACAACUGCCAUUCACGCGUCGCCUAAACUGUGCUUCCUGCUGGCCUCGGAUCCAUUGCACAUCUCUGUUGUCACUCGCAACAGUACCACGAGUCAUCAGCUCCAUUCAACAAUCCGGGCCUUUGCUAUUGUGUUCCAUUUCUGGCUGUAUAGGCACAGGCCUCGGUCUCGAUUUUGGUGGCUCUCUGGCUCUCUGGCUGUGUGCUCUUGGUCUUCUUCCUCGUGGGGACAUCGGCCCUGCUCACGGUGGUCUGGAUAUUUGUGUUACGGGCUACUUGUGGGUGAAGGUGGCUACGCGGAUGGCCCCAGGCAGGGCCAUCUUGCUGCUGAAUCGCCAUCUCCCUCGGCGGUUGCUUGGUCUCGAGCUCUUCGCCAACGACAGCUUUCGUCUGAAGUCCUCCAGCUGA